UUUUUUUUUUUUAAUCUCCCUCUCCAUUUUUUUAUACAACUACUUUUUCACUCCUCCAGUAACAAACUUUAGUCCGGACUACCUAAGACCCUUGCCUUGAUCAAAGGUGAAAGCGGCCCCCAUUCUUUGUUUGUUUGUUGGAGCAGAUUUGGAACGUACGUCGGUCUGACAGAAGAGAGAGAUGAGAGGAAUAGCAAUUUCACCAUCAAACCAAUGCUGCAGCAGUCCUUUCCAAUUCCAAACCCAAGAUACUCUGCCGAGUCAACCAUAUAGAACAGUGAACUUAAACCCACUUCUCCAAUUCAACAACAAGAAGAAGCAAAACCCAUCAAAUGGAAGAAGAUACCCACUUGUCUCCAAAAUUUCCAUAAAUCCUUCAAACAACAACACACAAACCCCAAUUCCCCCACUUGUAGUUUUUGGAUCAGCCAAUGCAGAUAUUUAUUUGGAGAUUAAUAGGUUGCCUAAGGUGGGUGAGACCAUCUCAGCCAAUAGUGGUCAGACUCUUGCUGGUGGCAAAGGUGCCAACCAGGCUGCCUGUGGUGGCAGGCUCUCUUAUCCAACCUACUUUUUGGGGCAGGUAGGUGAUGAUGCUCAUGGCAAAUUAAUUUCUGAAGCUCUCCAAAAUGGUGGGGUUUGUUUGGAUUAUCUUAAUACUGUCACUGAUGUACCCACUGGGCAUGCUGUGGUUAUGCUCCAGCCUGAUGGGCAGAACUCAAUCAUUAUUGUUGGUGGUGCCAACAUGAAUUGUUGGCCUCACACCCUUUCUGACCAGGAUUUUGAGGUGGUCAGGAAUGCUGGGAUUGUUUUGCUGCAGAGGGAGAUCCCAGAUUCAGUCAACAUUCAGGUCGCAAAGGCUGCAAGAAGUACCGGUGUUCCUGUCAUCUUGGAUGCUGGUGGAAUGGAUGCACCGUUCCCACAAGAAUUAUUAAAUUCUAUUGAUAUUUUAAGCCCAAAUGAAAGUGAACUUGGUCGUUUAACAGGAAUGGCAACUGAAAGCUUUGAACAGAUUACUCAAGCUGUGGUGAAAUGCCAUAAAAUGGGUGUUAAGCAAGUCCUUGUGAAACUUGGGGCCAAAGGGUCUGCCUUAUUUGUGGAAGGUGAAGAGCCAAUUAAACAACCUAUCAUAUCAGCCACAAAGGUCCUCGAUACAACUGGGGCUGGAGAUACUUUUACUGCAGCAUUUGCUGUGGCUCUUGUGGAGGGCAAGUCCAGAAAUGAAUGCUUAAAAUUUGCUGCUGCAGCUGCUUCUCUUUGUGUUCAAGUGAAGGGAGCUAUUCCUAGCAUGCCUGAUAGGAAAUCAGUUUUGGAUCUUCUUCAAUCUCAUUAAGGUUGCUUUUGUAUUAUGCUAGCCAGAUACCAUAAAUAGUCAUCAUGCAUAUAAACAAAAACCAGAGGCCAGCUUUUGUCUUUGCUACUGUUGAGUUUUUAUUUUUACGCUUAGUUCUCAUUGGCGCUUGAUGGAACUAUAUUUUCUGUACUUUUUAAAGACUAAUCAGCGUGUUUCUUUCUUCUUCCCCCUCCCCUAUGGAAAGAAUAUUUUUCUGAUUUUCCUUGUCUAUUGUCUGUCUGACAUAUAUGGUCUACAUUGUAUAAAGCUUGCCCAUUCUCUACUUUUCUGGGCCACAUAAACUAACGGGGAUUACGAAUUAUUGUAUACUUAUGUUGGAACACACCCCUUAUGCUUAUUACUAAAUUUGUGUUGAGUUC